AUGGCGAUGAAAGCGUCGCGCAAGACUGCUCCUAUGGCAGGUGGCAUCAAACUCCCACACCGCUAUAAACCCGGCACGGUCGUGCUGAGAGAGAUUCGAAAGUAUCAAAAGUCAUACAAACUAUUGAUGCGCAUGCUACCGUUCUCACGCUUGGUCAGAGAGAUCAUGCAGGACUUUAAGACUGACUUACGCAUCACCGCAGCUGCUCUAGAAGCACUGCAAGAAGCGACGGGGAUAGUCGCGGUCGAAUUGUUCGAAUAUGCUAAUAUACUAGCUAUACAUGCUAAACGUGUUACCGUGAUGAAUGCUGACAUACGCCUGGCUAAGCUCAUGGUUGGCGGACAUCAAAAUUGCUUCGCUACCAUCGGACUCAAGUAA